GCUGGUGGCGCAACGUCCAAAGCUCAGCUCAGCCUAAGCUUAGCUGGCCCACAAGUACACAACUGCUGUUUAAAAAAGAAAAAAAAAAAAAAAGACACCAAGGACACCUUCUUCAUCUUCUGUUCUCAUUCGCUUUCCCCAUAUUCCAAAUUCCAAAGCAAUUUUCUUUGUUUAUUUUCCGACAAGAGCAGGAGGGUUUUUGUUUGUAAUCGAAGAAUAUGAUUCUGUCGGCUCUCUUGACAUCCGUGGGAAUCAAUCUGGGGCUGUGCCUGUUGUUUUUCACUCUGUAUUCCAUACUCCGAAAGCAGCCUGGCAAUGUCGGCGUCUACGCACCGCGUUUGGUUGCUCAAGGACAAUCUCAGGCCUCUGCUGAAUUCAACCUGGAGAGGUUGUUGCCCACUGCUGGUUGGGUCAGGACGGCUUGGCAACCCUCCGAGGAACACCUCUUGUCCACCUUGGGCUUGGAUGCUGUCGUCGUCGUCCGUAUUUUCAUUUUCAGUUUGAAAGUAUUUACCUUUGCUGGGAUUGUUGGAGUCUUCGUUCUUAUCCCUGUUAAUUUUCUCGGAAACCAGCUUAGUGAGGAUUUUUCUGAUCUGCCUAACAAGUCUUUAGAUUCUUUCAGUAUUUCAAAUGUUAACGUCGGCUCAAACAGGUUAUGGAUUCACUUUUGUGCUGCGUAUGUUUUUACUGGAGUUGUCUGCUAUUUUCUUUAUUGUGAAUCUUUAUAUAUAUCUUCAAAAAGAAUAGCCUACUUCUAUUCAUGCAAACCUCAGGCUCAUCAAUUUACGGUAUUAGUUCGAGGUAUUCCUGUCUCACCUGAAAGCAGCUGCGGGGAAACUGUUGAGAGAUUUUUUACUGAGUAUCAUCCUUCUACUUAUCUUUCACAUACAGUACUCCGACGAACCAGUAAAGUUCAAGGUCUUAUUAGUGAUGCAGAGAAGAUCCGCAAAAGGCUUGCCCAUCUGAAACUUAGCACCCAAUCUGAACAAAGGUUCAGGCGUGAUGGAUUUCUGGGGAUAUUUGGACGCAAAGUUGAUAUCAUAGAUCACUAUGAAAGGAAACUCGGAGAUUUGGAAGAUAAUCUGAGAAUGGAGCAAUCAUCGUUAGGAAAGCAGGAAGUUCCAGCUGCCUUUGUUUCGUUCAAGUCACGACUUGGUGCUGCAAUAGCUUUGCACAUACCACAAGGGGUCAAUCCCACAGAGUGGGUUGCUGAACGAGCUCCGGAGCCCCAGGAUGUUCACUGGCCUUUCUUCUCUUCAUCAUUCAUAAAAAUAUGGAUAUUCAAGCUAGUAGUGGUUGUUGCAUGUGUUUCUCUUACCAUUCUAUUCCUCAUACCGGUUUUAAUAGUGCAAGGUCUUACUAAUCUUGAGCAGUUGGAAACCUGGUUCCCUUUUCUGGAAAGCAUACUGAAAUUAAAUGUUGUCAGUCAAGUCAUAACAGGAUAUCUUCCUAGUCUUAUUCUUCACUUGUUCUUAUCUUUGGUGCCACCCAUCAUGAUAUUUUUUUCUUCCAUGCAAGGAUACAUGUCUUUCAGUCAGAUAGAAAAAAGUGCAUGUACAAAAGUAUUGUGGUUUACCAUCUGGAACAUUUUCUUUGCAAAUGUACUAUCAGGAUCAGCUUUGUAUCAGGUUAACAUCUUUCUUGAGCCCAAAAAAAUUCCAAAAGUGCUUGCUGAAGCAGUUCCCUCACAGGCAGCAUUUUUCAUUGCUUAUGUUGUGACAUCAGGUUGGACCAGUCUAUCUUCAGAACUAUUUCGGCUUAUUCCCUUGAUUUGCAGUUUUUUCAAAAGACUAUUUGCCGGAAAAGAUAGUAAUGAAUUUGAUGUUCCAUCAACUCCUUAUCAUAGUGUAGUUCCCAGAAUUGUCUUCUUUGGACUCCUUGGUGUGACAUACUUCUUCUUAGCUCCACUGAUUCUACCAUUUCUUAUAAUUUACUAUUGUAUGGGAUAUAUAAUCUAUCGCAACCAGCUACUGAAUGUAUAUUCAUCCAAGUAUGAAACUGGUGGAAAGUUUUGGCCGAUAGUGCACAAUUCAAUGAUAUUUUCUUUGAUACUGAUGCAUGUUAUUGCAAUUGGUAUAUUUGGGUUGAAAAAGCUUCCCUUGGCUUCCUCUUUGAUCAUUCCUCUUCCAAUUUUAACACUACUUUUCGAUCAGUACAUCCGACGUCGAUUCCUGCCGAUAUUCAAAGCUUAUCCAGUCGAGUGCUUGGUAAACAAAGAUAGAGCAGACGAGAAUGAUCCUGCCAUGGCUGAAUUUUUUGAUAAGCUAGUGUCUGCAUACAGAGACCCAGCUUUGGAUCCAUUACAAUAUUCAAGAAACACCGACGGACAAAACGCUCCUCUUCUUGGUGCAGCUGAAGUUUGAAGAGAGGGCAAUUCCAAAAUAGUUUGUGGUUGAAGCUAAUUAAUGUUUAUAUACUAAUUUUUUGAAUAUCAUGUUCUUUGGUUGUAAAGUAUGUUUUCGUUUUGCUUUUUCUGUUGUGGUUAUGAUUUGUUAGAGGGCUUUCUAUUCCUGUAUAUGGAUGAGAUUUAGGAACAGUUUCCUCAGUUUCUGUUUUCUUAAAUUUGCUUGUAAUGAUUCUCACUUACAACAUGUAAAUUAAAGCCUGACCCUUUUAUGAGUAA